AAUCAUUCACAAAAAUAAUUGAAGCUGUCCCUGGAACCUAUUUACCUUUACAUGUAAAUGGUACAGAAUUUCAAAACACAGAUAUGUUAGUUCCUUGGAAGAAAAAAAACUGCAAACAGUUAAAAGGUAAAUAUCCAUUAACUAUCGUUACUAAUUAA